AUGGAGCUGCUCUCCACCCCCAAAAACAUCGAGAUCAACAACAUCACCUGCGAUUCCUUCCGCAUCUCCUGGGCUAUGGAGAAGGGGGACCUGGAGAGGGUCACCCACUACUUCAUCGACCUCAACAAGAAGGAGAACAAGAAUUCCAACAAGUUCAAGCACCGGGAUGUCCCCACCAAGCUGGUGGCCAAGGCGGUGCCGCUGCCUAUGACGGUGCGGGGCCACUGGUUCCUGAGCCCCCGCACCGAGUACAGCGUGGCCGUGCAAACAGCGGUCAAACAGAGCGACGGCGAGUACCUGGUGUCCGGCUGGAGCGAGACCGUGGAGUUCUGCACCGGGGACUACGCCAAGGAGCACCUGGCCCAGCUGCAGGAGAAAGCGGAGCUGAUCGCCGGCCGCAUGCUGCGCUUCUCCGUCUUCUACCGCAACCAGCACAAAGAGUAUUUCCAGCACGUCAGGAUGCACUGCGGGAACGUGAUGAAGCCGUCGCUGAAGGACAACAGCGGGAGCCACGGCUCGCCCACCAGCGGGAUGCUGCACGGCAUCUUCUUCAGCUGCAACACCGAGUUCAACACCGGGCAGCCCCCCCAGGACUCGCCCUACGGCCGGUACCGCUUCCAAAUCCCGGCCCAGCGCCUCUUCAACCCCAACACCAACCUCUACUUCGCGGACUUCUACUGCAUGUACACCGCCUACCACUACGUCGUGCUGGUCCUGGCACCCAAGGGUUCCUCCGGGGAUCUCUUCUGCCGGGAGCGCCUUCCCCAGCUGGACAUUUCCUCCAACAAGUUCCUGACGUGCUGCGUGGAGGAGGGCGAGCUGGUGUACCGCCACGCCCAGGACAGCAUCCUGGAGGUCAUUUACACGGAGCCGGUGGACCUGAGCCUCGGCGUGCUGGGGGAGAUCAGCGGCCACCAGCUCAUGAGCCUCUCCACCGCCAACGCCAAAAAGGACCCCAGCUGCAAGACGUGCAACAUCAGCGUGGGGCGUUAA